GUGUGUGAAGAGUGAAGCAUCAGGUUCAGUCCUCUUUCUCCUCUUUAGAGUUUCAGUCUCUCAGCUCUUCAGAAGCUGUUCUCUGCUGCACUGCUGUUUCUGUUUCUGCUGCUGGAGGUAAACAGAGCGCCUGGUGGUGGUGCUUUCCCAGUUUUGACUAUCUGGAGGAAGGAGGAGAAGGAGGGACAACACAGCCUCCUCCCACUGCUCCCAGUCCGGGAUACAGAGCCACAGAGAACCGCAGACACCCACAGGAGCACCCAGAGAUCCACAGGAGCUCACAGAGAUCCACAGAGACCCACAUAAACCUACAGAGAACCACAGAGAUCUGCAGAGAUCCACAGGAGCCCUAAGGGGGGACCAUGGCUGCUAUCAAAGCCCUGCAGCAGUGGUGUAAGCUCCAGUGUGAUGGGUAUAGGGAUGUGUCCAUCAUUAAUAUGACCACAUCCUUCAGAGAUGGACUGGCUUUCUGCGCUCUGAUCCACAAGUUCAGACCGGACCUCAUAAAAUUCGAGACCCUCAGUAAAGACAAUGUGUAUGACAACAACCACUUGGCAUUUCGUGUGGCAGAGGAUCAUCUGGGGAUUCCAGCUCUUCUGGAUGCGGAGGACAUGGUGGCGCUGCCGGUUCCAGACCGGCUCAGCAUUCUCACCUACGUCUCCCAGUACUACAACUACUUCAGUGGGCGCUCACCCACAGGAGGAGUGGGAGGUGUUAAAAGGCCAGCAGAGGGCUCGAAGGAGGAGCCAUCAGAGAAGAAGAAUCUCCCAGUGGUUGCCAAAACCUUUAACCCACAAGCACUUCCCGAGAACCGGCCACCAUCUUCCUCUGCCUCCUCUAAAGCUCCCAGAGAACUACAUCGUCCAGCUAUCCUCAUUCAGAACAGCAGCAGCUCUGAGAAACACACCUCCACCCCCCUGACCCAGAAACCUGCUGUAGAGAACAGACCAGCAUCCACCCACAUCCAGAAACACUCUGCACCCAGUGUCUCACCCUCCAGAAUCAGAGUGUCUCCUAAACCAGACCGAGCCUCUGAGAAGAACACCGUACUGGUGGAGAGCUCUAAUAAAACUGGGACUCUGAACAGUAAGUGUGCUGUGUGCAGGAGUCACGUUCACCUGGUCCAGAGACACCUAGUGGAUGGGAAACUCUACCACAGGAGCUGCUUCAAGUGUUCUGAGUGUUCGGCUCCUCUGAAGUCGGGCUCUUUUAAAGCGGGUCAGGAGCCGGGAACCCUGCUCUGCUCCUCCCAUCACUCCACCCGCAAUGGCUUCAUGUCUUCACUGAAGAAUCCGGGCUCUGAAUCUGCUGUGGUCGGACCCAAACCUGAGACAGGAAGUGAUCCAGCUCCUCCUCAGCACGUCUCGGUUCUCUCCAGCCCAGUUAAGGCCGUGCCCAGGCCGGUGGAGCCCCGCCCGGCCCCGCAGCCAUGGACUGCGUCUGCGCAGAGAACGCAGGAGGCCAGACAGAGGUUCUUCCUGUCUGUAGACCCAUCUCCACUUCCUUCAGUCAGUGCCAAGAGUCCAUCUGAUCCACCUGUAGCCCAGAACAACGUUCUGACAUCUGAAGAGGAGAAGAACCGGGCCCGGGCCCUCAUCACUAAGAAGCUAGCUGAAGGAAACUGCAACAAUAACAACAGGGCUUACAGCUGUGGCCUCAGAACCACAGCCAGCAGCAGCUCGGCAAGCAGACGCUCGGCUGAUGAAGCCCCCAGCUGGAGGCAGGAGAAGCCUGGCUCAGCCGCGGCAGAGCGACGGACCAGCCGGCUUCCAGCCACCCCCUCCCCCACCGACACCAGCAGCAGCAUCAUCAGCGGCAGCAUCAGCGGCAGCGGCACCAAGGAGUCCCUCUGGCUUAGCGCCAUCAGCAAGGAGUGCACCAGACCUCCCUCGGCUCACCUCGCCGUCGCCGGAGGUACCGCCGCCAAAAACAGCGGGAGCAGUAAGGAGCCGGCUGAGUGGCAGCCGAAGCUGAAUGCCGCUCCAAAUGGACCAGGACUGAGAAUCUGCAGCGCUGCUGAGAUUAACACCGUAACUCCAGAGAAAAACAAGAUCUGCAACCAUCUGAAUGACCAGAACACUCCUCCUGCACCAGUCCUCCCAGUAUCAACCCCUACUCGCCCAGUAUCUGACCAGAACACUGACAAAUCUCCACUCCCAGAUCAACCACUGCAUAGCCCUGCUGGCCGGGGCUUUAAGAGUGAACCUCACACACCAGCUUCCUCUCAGAGUGGUAACACUUGGUCAGCCAACUCUUCCCCCACCAAGCCACCAAACCCAGUAUAUCCUGCUUCUGCAGAGUCUCGCCGUGGGUCUGCUGGACGGGCCUCUAAAUGUGAGAUUCCUAUUGGAUCAUCACCCAACUGGAAAGUUCCAACUGCAGAGAAACAGCCAGGACUGUUUAUUGAAUCCAGUUAUAGAUCUGGAAAUUCCAAAGAAGUCCCAUCUCACCAGCUUCCACAGGAAGUCAGCUCCUCCCAGAGUGAAUCACUCAAACCCAAACCACCUUCUCCUAAACGGACCAAGAACGGUGUUUCUACAGAGCCAGGUUCUGAAAAUGGAAAUGUGUUCUUCACAAGCAGCCUCCCACCUGAAACAUUAUCACCAUCAAUGAAGUCUCACCAUAUCCCGAUGGAGCAGAUCAGUCAGGAGCUGCAGGAAAUUGAGGAGCGGCUGGGUGAUUUGGAGAAGGAAGGGAUAGAUCUGGAGGGGAGACUCCGGCGCUGUGAGGAGGAGGGGAGCGGGGACAUUCUGAUGGAUCCGUUGAUUGUGGACUGGUUUAACCUGAUCCGAAAGAAGCAGAGUUUCAUACGGAGGGAAUCUGAGCUCAUGUACAUAGCAAAAACCCAAGAUUUAGAGGAGCAGCAGCCUGGAGUGGAGGGAGAGCUCAGGAGACUGAUAAAUAAACCAGAGCAUCUGAAAAGCACUGCAGAGAGAAAGAGGGAGGCGUAUCUGAUGAACCGGCUGGUAGAGAUUGUGAACGACAGGAACGCCAUUGUGGAGGGACUGGAGGAAGACCGCCUGAGGGAGGAGGAAGAGGAUCAGCAGCUGAAUGAAAUGAUGCAGAGACUGGGUCUGAAGAAACUAAAAAACAAGAGGAAGUCCUCCUUCUCCAAGCUGUUCAGACGCAGGAGUAAAAAGGUCCUGGUGGAGAAGUCUUCAGGGUGAUCUUCAGGAGGGCAGAUGGUUGGUGAUCUUGUGGAUCCUGCUUCAAACGACAGUCAGGAGUCAAACUCGCGGUCUUGGCGUUACUCAAACAGCCGUGUGAGGUGGAGGUGAGGUGGAGGUGAGGUAGGCUCAGGCCAGUGCUGAGAAGCUGUGGUGAGUUCAGGGCUCUAUAGCACUAUAGCAUUCUUCACAGAACAGUCACGGGACACUCAACGUCUUCAGGAAACACUAGCUUUAGAUUUUUAUUUACAGGUUUUUAUAUAUAUAUACAUAUAUAUACAUAUAUAUGUAUAUAUAUGUAUAUAUAUGUAUAUAUAAUUUUUUGUUUUAGAUUAGCUUGUUGCGUGUUUGUGCACUAUUGCUUCAUUUAUUUACGUAUUUAUUUUCUGUUUCCUCAGUUUUUAGCCACAUAAUUCACUGUUCAUAAUUAAAAACGUUCUUCUGCACUGUGGUUUGUAAAAAAUGGGUUAAAUAAGAGUGUCGUUUGAUGUUGUGUUUAAAAAUAUUAUCUAGAUAUGUUUAGUUAUUCAGUCUUUUUUCCCCAACAUUUCACAAUGUCUUCAAAUAAGAAACACAUUAAAUCCUUUCACUAUAUGUAUAUAUAUAUAUAUAUAUAUAUAUAUAUAGUAAUACACUGACAUGCCAAAAUAUACCAGAAUCUGUCCCAUGACUUUUGCCAUGUCCUGUGGAAGCUAAAAAAAUUUCUUACAUUUACAGCAGUUAUAUACCAAAAGUCCUCAGUUUUUAGCCACAUAAUUUACUGUUCAUAAUUUAAUAAUGUUCUUCUGCACUAUGUGUUGUAAAAUGGGUUUAAUAAGAGUUUUGUUUAAAGUUGUGUUCAGAAAUAUUAUUUAAAUAUAUUUAGUUAUAUCCACUAUAUGUAGUCUUUUUCCUACAUUUUCACAAAGUCAUCAAAUAAAAACACAUUAAACACCCUCACGAAAAUACAUACAUAAAAAUACAUCAAAUACAGCAGGUCUUACAAUUACAGUAAUACACUGCACUGACAUGCCAAAAGUCAUGGGACAGGUUCUGGUAUCGUGUCCAAACACUGCAGUAAGCAAACUUCUUCUUACAUUUACAGCAGUUAUACACCAACAGUUACACUCCGACAUGCCAAAAGUCAUGGGACACAAACCAGUAUCACGUCCCUUGGUUUUGCCAUGAACAUUAAAACAUUAAAGAAUGCUCUAUAAUAUAAUAUAAACUAUUGAUAAAAAGCCAAGCAGAACAAAUUCCAGUCAGCGGCAGACUGCACUUCCACCACUCUCCUGAAGGUGGCACUAUAGGCUCACACGCAUCACACAUGUAGGGAACUCAAAAAAAAAAAUUAAAAAAAGGAGUGAAGAGAGAGAGAGAGAGAGAAAAAAGAAAAGAGAAAAGCUUCACACACACUUUCUCUCUUUCUGAAGCGCCCAACUCUAAUUUUGAAUGAAACGGUAAAUUGAGCUGAAGAUUUGGCAUCAGUGAAAGCCUGUAUGCUCCAGAGAGGAGUAAUUAGUCAUAUUUGAACUUUUUAAAUACAUUAAUCACUUUUAAUUAAGUGCGGACCAUGCUAAUGUGCUGUAAAAGGUGGCGUCUUGGUUCCAGAACGAGGUGUUUAAACCAGUGUAUGAGUAAUAUCUGGAGGAGUAUUGUGAGAGUUCUGGUCGGUGAUGAAGUCUCGGUGAUGUUUUUAUAAUGUUUUAAACCGUGUGUUUCUCUUUUGGGAGACGAUUGGAGUGUAAAUAUGUUUGUUUUUAUUUAAAUUAUUGCAAAUAAUGUGACUUUUGAAUUAAAUUCUAUAUAAUAAAUUGCAGAAAUGUAUGUUUUAA